AUGAAGCCCGUGUUCGUGCUCCUCGCCUGCGUUCCGCUGCUGGUUUCUGCGAAGUCUCUUCUUGGAGCUGACCAACCCUGCUGGGACGAGUUGAAGUCCAUCGAGGGUGUGUCCCGGCCCGGUCUCUUCCGGCCUGAGUGUGACCGGCUGGGCCGCUAUAUGCCCCAGCAGUGUCACGGCUCCGCCUGCUUCUGCGUGGACCCGAGUGGAGCCAAGCUGUUCGCCGAUCACGAAAACCAAGUCGAUCAGUACACGACGCACAUCGGCUCCAGCGCGCUGCAGUCCUGCCGCUGUGCGAGGCAGGAGUUUGAGCACCGGGAGGGUGGCAGAGUGGGAGUCUCGGUCAGCUGUGACGAGAAGGGUGACUUCCACCACACCCAAUGUCUGGGAUCCGGGUGCUACUGUGUGCACCCUCUCACCGGUGAGAAACUGCAGGGGGAGAACCUGGAGGGGCACAUCGGAGGUUAUGCCGAGCUGGAGGCACGCUGCCAGCCGGCCGCCGCUGAGGCUGUCGCUCAGUAG